AUCUUGAAGAUUUUCUUAUUCGACUUUGUAUGAUUAAUUAGAAAAUAGCUCCCGAAAUAGCUCGGUUUUUGCCGUCCAACUGGAAUUGUAUGGAGGCUAUAGGUCCUAGGGACCCGAUCUCUGCCAUUUUCACUGUAGACAUUCUGUUGGCAAUAAAUGAAAAUAGUGCAAAAUUUCAUGUUCCUAUGUAGCUGCGGGAAUAAAGUAGUCAUAACGAAAAAUCUCAUAUCUGAACAAGCAGCUAUGUAUAUGUUAUAGUGGUCCGAUUUUGACGGUUCCGACAAAUGAUAUCGCGAAAACUGCGAAACUGGAUUGCGUUCAAACAGACAGACAGACACGCAGACAUACGGACAUGGCUAAAUCGACUCAGCGCGACGUUCUGAUCAUUUUGGUAUCCAUUUUAAUGGGGUUAUCUUUUCUUCUUCUGGUACUCACAAACAUCGGGCCAAAGUUAUAAUACCAUUUCUUGGUCAUGAAAGGUAUAAAAAUGUUUAUCGCGCAAUCUCUGCAUUAUUUCAGUACGUUUCUAGCUGAACAUCAGCACAGAGCAUUAAGAAAGCAGCAAGGUUGUAACAUUGCCGUAAUUAUUACGAAGCUCGAACACACCCACAUACAUACAAUAAUUUUGCAACUCAAAACAUUCAAAAUCGAAAAGUAUGUAUAAUUAAAGACAAACUUAAAGAAGCUUGAAAACUUAAAAUAUGUACACCAUUUGAUUGAUCGUGUUGUCUUUGAUUUUGUAGCAAUCUUCAUCAGCAUGAAAGUACAUGGAAAAUAAUAAUAAAAAAAUAUUUGAUAUAAAAAAUGAAAAUCGGUAUAUCUUUAGUGCUGCUAAUGUUGCUUUGCCCUGGCGGUUGUCCCGUUUAUGAUUUUGAUUUGAAAACAGUCGAGCAGCCAAGUCAGUUCGCCAAUGGUCUUAAGCUUGCUGCCGAUCUCAACUCCGAAUUCAACCAGGGAAUAAUGAACUUUCAUGUGCUUAAGGAUCAAGAUCAAGUCAAUGACGAUAAUACAUGCAAAUUGGCUCCGCUUAUUUCUGACGUGGACGAAAAGCCAGCAAGAAAGUUUAAAUUUUCACGCAAAGUCGAAGAUGAGGAACAGGCUGAUAUGGAAUUGGAUGACUUCGUUGGUUCAAACCUUUUUGAUAGCACGCGAAAGAAAUGUUUUUCGCCAGAAGACUUAAAUUUACUAUCAGCACGUAGAGAUUUCGAGUAUCUUGUACCUAAAGAUCUGCCAAAAUGUUUGCUCAAUGAUGAAAUGUUAAACAUGUUGUUGAAUUACUUUUAUAAUGGCAAUGAACUGAUACAAAGAUUGCCCGAUUCAUCGAGGAAGGUGAUGGAGAGGGCCUAUUACGAUAUGCUCGGUGGUUACUUGAGAUCCUACUUACUACCAGUAGCCAAGUAUUCUUAUUAUGGCGGCAAAGCGAGUCUCAAAGUGGUCAGCAGUGUUGCAGAGCUGUAUCAACAAUGCAAGUCCUUUUUAAACACGAAUGGUAAUGGCUGGAAAAUGCCUAUUUUACUCGAAGAACUGGAUAACGUUCGUGUGGAUCCUCUAAGGGGCUCAGAGUGCAGUGGCGACGGCAAUGGUGGUGGUAGCGGUCCGACCGGUUGCGCACGCCUCGAAAUGUUACCAACAAAUGACGGUGACGAAAAUAUUAUGCUGGUGUCCAUGCCAAAAUUAGAAGCAGAUUGUGUUGAAACCGGUUUAAGUAACAUUUGGCUACCAUUUCGGAAAAGGCGAAACUAUGACCUUAGAUCGCAAAAAUCUGCUUACGCAAUUAUUCGAUUCUAUGAAACGGUGACGCGUUGCUACCAAUCACAGUCAAUGCCACAGGAUGCUUUCAAUUACAAGUUCAUAGCUUGGUUAAAUGAUAACAUAAAACCACACCUCUCCGACGAAGAAUUUUAUCCCGGUCUUGGAGGAGUGUUACGGAUUGUUGAGAAAUUGAGAAAAGGCAGGAAAGCACUGGAUUUUGAAAAAGACAAAGCCAUCGAUCGCCGAAUCGAAGACAAUAUGCGUCAAGGUAACACCAUUAGCAGUGGUGAGAGUAAAAGCGAUGAUGGAUUUUCCGACAUAGAACUCGCACAGAAAGCCUUAGAGUACAAGAUGCAAGAGAAAGCCAGGCAAACGAUGAUUAAUGGUAAACGUUGGUUUGAGAAAAGUGCCGAUGACAACAAUAAUAAUAACCUUAAUAGACAACUGCAGAGCAGAAAGAUAUGCGAAAAGCCUAAAACUCAACAAAACCCACAAGUCCAGCAUACCAAAGCAACAAAGCCAAAGUGUAAAACGAAGGGUGGAAAACAUGGUGGAGCUGGGUCCUUAUUGAAAUUAUCAUCGGAACAACAAAAGCACUAUCUAAAAUACCUAUGUUGCAUUAUCGGAUUGAUACUGCUCAUAUUGCUGAUCAUUCUGCUUGUCGCUAUGCUAAUGAGAUAUCGUAGGCGAAGGCCAAAGACCGAGCCAAAAUCAAAGCCACCGAAGAAAAAGCGCAGAUUUCCUGCAUGGUGUAACUACUUACUCUGCAGAAAGAGACCAGCCGAUGAGGAGAUUGUUAUUAAGCCUGAUACGAAAUCGGUCAUUGCAACACAACCACACCGUCGGACGUCCACUUCCACGUCGUCACUGGCCUGCCAACCCGCUGCCAAAUGCAUUCCCUGCUCUAAGCGUGCCACCAAGGAAUCGGAAAGUGCCCCCAUUAUUGAAACCACAUCACUCGAUUACUAUUCCUCAUCCGAGCCCGAAAAUAAAGUACGCCAGAAAGCGAAAAAAGGCAAACAGAAAGUGGUCACAAUAGACGAGAAGAAGAAAAAAGUUGCAUCACCAUCCCCGACAAAAUCUAAACCGACCUCUUCGAAAGCCAAAGCAUCCCCGCCUAAAGGUAGACUUGGCGGCGGAGCAGAGCCGAAAUCCUCGUCUAGUUCGGAUAGUAACAAGCGGUUAGGUAUUCAGCGAACCAUUCCAACUGACAAUAAGAAGAGUAGUAAUGAAAUGGGCCAACAAGCGACACAAGAACGUUCAACGUCAAGGGAUCGCUCUAAGGGGUCACGUAGUUGGGAAACCAUGUACGAUACAUAAACAUCAAAAAUUCACACAUAUGUAUUUGUUGAGUAUUUAUUUUUUACGUGUGUAUUUAUUGCUCGAGUUUCUGCAAUUGAAGUAUCUUUAUAUUUGCAAUACUUGUAUUUAUUCAAUUUAUUAAAAUUUUCGCAACAUAAAAAAUGGUUAUUGCUGAAUUGAUAGAAUGCAAAAAUUAAUUAAAAAUCUAACGGUCAACAAGUAAAAUUCAAAAAUUCAUUUGUUAUGGGUACCUAAGCAUAGAAGGAAACGUAAAGGGGUGGAUGCUCUAGCAAAGGAAGGAGUGCUAUUGAACAACACACCCAUCGUAGAAAUUUCAAUCACCUGCAGGCUCUAAAAAGGAAUGUGAUUUAGGUAUGAUCCAAGAAGUGGGUAAAAUGUGAUCACAACAACGUGAAUACAAAGUAUCCAGAGCCAUGCUUAGGUCGCUUGAUGUCAAAUUGUUAGCUAACCGUGCCUUCAAAGUGCGUAAUGGAUGUAGAAACGAUAGAGCUCUUAGGGCCGUUUUCUCAAGUAACCUAUAACUUUAAAGCUCACUUUAUAUUGAAAGGUUGCA